AUGGACGACUCGCAUAAAAAUCCAAAGUAUGGGUUCAAGCCAACUAAUCCCUUUCCAACUAGCAAGCCUGAUACUGUAGCUUUUGGCCAGCCACCCCCUUCAACUCCAUUUGACAUGUACGAUUUUAAAUUUUCAGCUGAUCAUGCAUCCAAGCCGCUUGUUUUUGGGUCCCAAAAGGUUAUAAAACCUACAAUUUUAAAUAGACUUUACAAGGAGCAUAUACAACCUCUGAGAGAGCCGCCAAACGCAGCAACACUAUCCGCCACUCAUACUAUAAUCGCUAAUGACAUACCUACCUCAGUUUCAGAAUCUACAGUGACACCAGUUCUUUCUACUCCACAAAUUGCGUUAAAAGUAAAUUUUCAAAAAUCAUCAUCUUUAAAAACGGCUAGAGAACAUACAGAAAGUCGCAAGUCCACAAAGAUUAAACCGCGUAACGAUCAGAUUAAAAUAGUUACGCCUUCGGCAUCAUUAAAAGCAGCUCGGCUACGUUUGGCAAAAAAAAAUACUGUUCCAAUGCAAUCUCCUACCAAAAAUCCACUUUUAAAAAAGGAUCUAGAUUCAAUGAUAGCCAUACAGAAAUCCAUGCCACAAUCCUCCAUUGUUGCUAUUACACCUUCUAAUCUUGAUCCCAAAGUAAAUGAUAUUAAGAGUGUUUCAAAUACUACGGAAAAGUUGGGUAGUCGGGAAUUGGAUGCCUUUACCGGUACGUCUCGUAUGACAGCUAGUUCUAGUGUUCCACAUGCUUUGAAUCAAACUAUUGUUGAAAAAGUAACUGUCGCACCUAUUUUGACUUCAUUGUCAGAAAGAUACACAACUUUUAAAACAUCUGUUGCAAAGACUGCUACGGUAAAACCCACUGAAACUAGAGCAGCCUUUGUAUCAGUAAAAGACCGACCUGCUGCGAUUACAAAUCAGCAGAUUUUCAGUCCUGAUGCUUUUUCAGCGCGUACUCGAGCCUCGACCAAUUCUAUUCCUAUUUCAGCUACUAUUGUUCCAGCACAAUCAAUUGUGGUCAAUCCAAUUGUUUCUGGAAAUGAACUUGACCCACUGAUUGUUGCAGAGUCUACUUUAUCUUUGGAAGAGCGCAAAAGACAGUAUCGGCGAUAUCUGUCUGGUAUUCGUCGCAGAUACAAUGAUGCAAUGGCACAUGGCUCUUUUGUAUGCUUUCACUGUGAAUAUUUGGCUUGUUACCGCAAACCCUCUAAAAUCAACUCGAAAUCUAAAGCUACAAUCAAAAAUGAUGCUAGUGGUUUGGCCAACGAAUUUGCAACGACUGAAAUGACUACUAAAAAGAAAUUUGUGAAAAAUCUUUAA